AUGGCCAAAAAAAGGAGCUAUGAGGAGAUUGAGAACAUAGAUGAGGUGAAUGGUCCCAUUUCGAGCACUCAAGUCCAUGGUGCCAUAAUUUCUCUGUCACCUGUGAAAAGGGGGCGGAAGUCAGUUUUUUUCGAUGGGAUGCUUGCCGAUGAAUCAUCCAAAAUACGACUAGUGGGGUUUGAUGCACAGCAGCAACGAAAGCUGAACGAGUACCAUCAAAAUAAUCUUCCAGUGCAGCUACUGAAUUGCGAGGUGAAGCCUUCUCGACAAGGCGAGGGAUAUGAGUUGAUGUUAAAGAAUGGUACCCAGAUCAAGCAAUCUCCAAAAAAGAUGGACAUAGCAUCGCUGAUGGUCAAUACUGCAGCAAAAGUCGUAACUCUCGAUGAGCUGGAUGGUUUGGAGGUGUUUGACAGGGCUACAGUGAAUGUAAAGGUGGUGGAGUUGAAGGAGGAGAUGCAGGUUGGUGGGAAAUCGAAGAGGGAUAUCAUUAUCGCUGAUGGAAGUGGCACGGCUAGGGUUAGUGUGUGGGAGGGACAUGUGAAUACAAUGGAGGAGAAUACCAGUUACUGUCUCAAGGAUUUUAUGGUCCGAGAAUUUCAGAGUACGAAGUACCUGACAAUGGCGAAAGAAGGGUCCCAAAUCAUUGCGAUUGAUGACAUUGGAGGUGUAGUGGAGCAGACGAAAGAAGAUGAGGAACUAUUGCUCAUCCAAAAUGUUUCAAUUGUUGGCAUUCCGUACCUGGACACUUACAAAUCGUGUCUUAAGUGCAAGGCUCGCGUGGAACCUCAGACUCCUCCCCUAAGAAAAUGCUCCAAAGCCGACUGUAUGAUGUUACAGAGGUAUGACCUCUGUACUGAGCAUACAUCAGCUAAGCUGAUGCUGAUGUACGAUGACAAAGGAGAGCGGAAGAGCGUGCAGGCCUACGCAUAUGGAGAGGUUGUGCGUCAAAUUGCUGGUUGUGGCGAUUUAUCGGCUGAAGGGCUACUCAAAAGAGGAGAUUUCGCAUCGAUGACCCUGAUGAGAGAAAUACAUCAUCAAAGAUGUAAUCGAGUGAAAAUAGUGACUGAGGCCGACUUUUCUGUUAUCAUUUACAAACUCAUGGCAUUAUCCAUUAUCAAUAGCUGGCAUUGGCUUUAAUCAUAUGUACCCUCCCUCCAUUUAUCACGACAUUCAUGUUGAUUUGUAUCAAUUUUAAUAUUGUAUAUUUUAUUUGGCUGAUGAUAGGUAGUUUGUUGAACUUUGUUGGAAGUUAGCUAAUUACGCAUUGAAAUGGCAGAUAGCUGCAAUUGUAAGUAGCAAAGCUGGUAUGUAGACAGUCAUGUGUAUUAUACUAUAAUAGUGCAUACUCACCACACCACUCUUCUCAGUAACUGAUAGAGAGUAGAUUCCUAGGUGUCCUUGCAAAAGGGAAUGGUUUAAAUCAAAUUCAGGUAUGUAUGCUAAAGACUAUUUGACUUCACUUGAGCACUCGAAAAAUGGUCCUGUUU